AUGGAGACCGACGAGUUUACCGCUGCUACGGCCACUUUUGUUUCCUGGCUCUCUGAAAUUGGGGUAAGGAUCAAUCCGAAAAUGACAAUCAAAGACCUCCGCUCUGAAGGCCGAGGACGAGGUGUCGUUGCCGCCGCAGACUUCGCGGAGGAUGAGGUCGUUUUCAGCGUCCCACGUUCUGCAGUUCUCAACGUCAGCAACGCUCUGGCUGGCAUCAAUGACAAUGCUUCGAAGGACGCCAUAUCGAAAAUGCCGAAUUGGCUCGCCCUGACAGCCGCCAUGGUAACAGAAGGCCAACGAUCGAAUUCAAAGUGGGCUCCGUAUCUCGCUAUUCUACCUCGACAAUUAGAAAGUCUCAUCUUCUGGUCCGAAUCCGAGCUCCGUGAACUACAAGCGAGCACUGUGGUGAAGAAGAUUGGAAGGAAAGAAGCAGAACAAAUGUUCGCUGAUCACAUCACUCCACUCGAUGAGGGCAAUGUCGAGCUCCAUCACCGUGUCGCAUCUGUAAUUAUGGCAUACGCAUUCGAUAUUCCCGAGGAUGGAGAAGAAAAAGAGCCCGAACAUGAUGGAGACGCUGACGAGCUCGUUUCCGACGACGGCGAGGACGAGAAGACAGUUCUGUCUAUGAUUCCGCUUGCAGAUAUGCUCAAUGCGGAUGCCGAUCGAAACAAUGCCCGAUUAUGCUCCGACAACGAGGAUUUAGAAAUGAGAACCAUCAAGCCUAUUGUCAAGGGAGAAGAGAUUUUCAACGACUACGGCCAACUUCCUCGAUCCGACCUCUUACGCCGUUAUGGAUAUGUUACAGACAAUUAUGCUGCAUACGACGUUGCUGAGUUAACAACACAGUUCAUCUUGGUCUGCCUUACCGAGGGACCACUCACGCUUGCCAAUGGUAUAACAAUGGACCCAUUGACUCACAAUCAAAUGUCGACGCGAAUUGAAAUUGCAGAACGAGAAGGUGUACACGAACUUUCAUAUGACCUUGCUUACCCCGGACCCGAUGAACCAGCCAUUCCAGACGAACUCCUCGCUCUCUUGUAUAUCAUUCUGUUAGACGACCAGAAUCUGAAGGCACUCUCUGACUCCCAGAGUGUCUUACCAAGUCGGUCAAAACUUUCAACAGAACUCGUUGGCCAAGUCCUUGCGUUCCUACUCGAGCGGAGACAAAAGGAUUAUGCAACGACAAUUGAGGAAGACGAAAAGCUACUGCAGCAACCGAAGCUUCCACACCGAACUACGAUGGCUGUGAAUGUUCGACUCGGCGAGAAAAGGGUCCUUAAAGGGGCAAUGCAGGCAGCAUUGAAAUUCGAGGGAAGCAACGCACGUAUGGUCUCCGCUGCAGCUGCAGCACGUUGUUCACACACCGGUAAAAGAAAGGCACAAGAAAUUUCGGACCCGAAAAAAAAAGGACGCUUUACCUGA